AUGGUCAAGAACAUAAUCAGCGAGGAUGAAACAAGCUAUAUCCUAAAAGAGAAACUGGAGGCUCGCUUGCACGUCAUAUUUGGGUAUCCCAUCAAGGUUCAGGUAAUACACUUGCCACCGACACUGCCUCCUUCGGUUGCAACCCUCUCGCUGACUGUUGAUCCCGUCAAGCAUAUCAAUGGCCGGUACUACUUCGAAGCGCCCAGGAUGGUUACUCCGGUAAGCCUCGAUCGCGAUGAUCUUGUGUCUGACUUGCUAAUACGGGGGACACUGUCCUUGGCACAGGAUGAGAUUGCUGCCCUUCGUGAGUAG